AUUCAUUGCCUCUCUCAGUCUCUUUCUCAAUUCUCACUCUCCUAUCGACGGAAAAACUCUACUGGUCUGCCACUCCCUCUAUCACUUUCUCUCUCUUAAGCCGAAACCCGAAAACGACGGGAAUUCUUCUCUUUCAAUGACUCCUUUCUCCCUCUAUCUCUCUCCAUAUAAUCAUCGCCGCCUAGGGUUCUUCAUCUUCAGUUUUUUGCCUGGUAAUCCAUACAAAUCUAUAUUCACAUAAGAUACGUACGUGUAUGUGUGUGGAUAUAAUUCUCUCCGCGUAGACGAAUUCCCCUUUAAGCCCUCAAACAAUUGCUGAACACUAUGGCAUCACAUCACGGCAAUAGUAAUAAGCAGCACUCCGAACCUGCUAAGAUGGAGCAGAUUAUUACUGAGUUUUUCCCUAAGACUCUUCAUAUAAUACUUGAAUCCAGAUGCCCUUACGUCUCUUCGCGGAAUUAUAGUGGUGAGCAGUGUCUUUCAUCACCAUCCUCUUCCUCCUCCUCCUCUUCCAGUGCUCGGCCUAGAGAUAAAUGGUUUAAUUUAGCACUCAAAGAUUGCAGUGCCGCACUUGAGAAUAUAGAUUUUUGGAGACAAAGUAACCUUGAGCCUAUGUUUAUAGACGUGGUUUUAGUGCAAAGACCUAAUUCUUGGGAUGCUGUGAAUUGCUCCCCUAAAAUGGAGCCUGUUCGGAGUUUGUCUAAAGAAAGGUAUUGGAAUUUGGAGCAUGAUGAGUUUGGCAUUGAGGGGAAGAAAGAGAAGAUUGUUGAGAGAUGGAUUAUACAGUAUGAGAGUAGGAAGGCUAAUAUUGGUCAUGGUUCUGGGAGUAAGAGGUCAAGUUGCACUAGUUCACAGAUUUUGUAUAAAAAGACAACCUUGUUGCUAAGGUCUUUGUAUGUUGCAGUUCGGAUUUUGCCUGGCUAUAAGCUAUAUCGAGACCUCACAUCAUCUGCUCAAAUUCGAACAUAUAACCUCUGUCCGCGAGUUUCAUCAUUUGCUGAACCAUUUACACGUAGCGAGGAGGCUGAAAUGCAGCAAUUUGUGUUCACUCCUGUGGACACAUCUUGUGGCAGGCUUUGUCUUUCAGUUUGGUAUCGUUCAUCACUUUCUGAUUUCAGUUCUGAACCCUCAACCCCAAUGUCUCCUCAGUUCAUUCCGGAUUAUGUUGGGAGCCCAAUGGCAGAACCUCUUAAGCGGUUUCCAUCUGCUCCUGUGCCACAAUUCUCCCAGUCAUCAUUUCCUCUUGAAAGGCAUCAUAGCUGGAGUUAUGAUUUGUAUAGAGCAUCACCACCUUCUGCUAUCCCAUCACCUUCACCCACUUAUUCAGAAUCACAGGCUUCAAUUAGUCAAAUGCGUGCUGGACACCUCCCCCCAACUAGUAGAUCUCGCCAUCUGCCUGAUGAUACACCACAAGUUCAUACCAAAAAUACUAGCUUUGAUGAGUAUUUGCCAUCCCCUACAUUUUCAACAUCACCAUCUCUGUCACCACCUACCCACACUCCUGGUAGUUACAUACGGAAGGCUCUCUUACGGUCUGGAAGUGCUCCUGUUAAUAUCCCUGAAUCAAGGCUCUUGAGUGUUCCUUUUCGAGUCUACAAUCAAAUGUUACCCCCUUCUCCCCCCUUGAAAGGAAUCAGACCUGCUUCUACAAAAAUGGAUGUACAGCCGGCGCUGCUUAAGAGCAGCUCUUUGGUUGAUAAGCUUUUCUCAUCUUCAAAAGAUGUCGAUGAUGGUGAUAAAUUGUCUGUGGUGAAGAUGCAAACAAACAGCUCACCACAGAAAUCUUUCUCCAGAAGCUCUAGCCGGGUGUCAUUUCAGGAUGAUUACGAUGAUUCUGAGUUUUCUGGACCAUUUGUUGUGGAUGAUGAUGACGUGACAGACCCUGGUAAAAGACUGUGUUCAUUUAACCAAGCAAGACAUCAAAGUGGAGGACAUGAACCUGGAGUUUCUCUGGUCAGGAAGUCCCAUGUUUCUGCAGGCACACUUAUUUCUAUGCUAAAGAAGGCUCCUCCUCUUCGCCAAGACUCUGAUUCAAUGAACCUGUUGCAAGACUCUACACCUGGAACCAUAAAUCCUGUGCAGAUGUCUGAUAAGCCUGGAGUACAACAUUCUUCUACUAGUAAUUUUGCAUCUUCUGUGAACAUCCCUGCGAAAACUACUGCUGACGCAUUAGAGGAGCUUCGUGGGUAUAGAGAUAUGAAAGACUUGCUUCUGAAGCAAGGUGGAAAGUCUCAGAUGUAGUAGGCCUGUGAUGCUUUUGCUAAAGAAAUGUGCAGUUCAAGUCACCAGUGUCUUCUAAGUAUCACUCUGCUAUAAAUUUUUGCCACAGUUUGUAUUAAAAGGUCAAGGGUUAACAGUCGGCGUAUUUUUGAUGUACAUACCAUGGGCGUAUUUGUUUGAGGGCAUAGGACUCUCCUAGCUAAAGGGCAUGUGAGCUGAAUUUUUCAUAUACAUCUGAACACACACAUAUUUAUAUAGAGAAAAAGAGGGGGGGUGUGUCUUUUGUAAGGAUGCUGGUUUUUCAGCAUGUGGUGAUAUAAAAAGCCUUGGCUGGGAUACGCAUUAGGCAGCAGGAUGUAUAUACUAUAUUGUACAUAAUGGUUUCUUCAUAUGUUGUGUAAAUAUUAUAUAAUUUUAAGCAUGGCAGAUAUGAUAAAGUUGGCGUGAAGGGUUGUAUUUAUGUUCAAAAA